AUGCUCGGAUUCAUCGGAGAUGCCAUUUCAGAUGUCGCAUGGAAAUGCAAAUGCAAACUUCUACCCCACAAGAAGUCCCCUCUCGACGUACCAGUCGACGUCGAGAGAGGAUAUGAGGAGGAAGAUAUCGAGGACAUCACCAGCAAAGAUGCUACUUUUGGUACCGAUGCAGUCAUCCAAACUCUUUACGAGGGCAAAAGAUCUGAUGGAAUGCGUGACUUCGAUUGGAGAACCUUUCCUCCCAAGCCAAUCUCCAAGGCUGUCAUCAAAGCUCGCGACCGUGUUGCCAUCAGAGUUUACAAGGUCAAAGACGACGACAAAGACCAAGUGCCUGGCCGCUUUGCUCUCAAGUACCACAGAAUCGAUGUCCAGAACCAUCUCCUGGUUAGCGCCCUUGAACCAAUUUUAAAGCAGGAGAACCUCAUUCUCAACGUUCAUGAUAUAGCGACAUUCAAGGCACCCUUUCGCCCUCUUUGGUUUUGUCAAGAUGCCAUCAGAGACUUGUAUCAGGAGACAAACAAGGACAACCCUCUCAAAGGAUAUAUGCAGCUCCUCAUCAGAGUCCUUGAUGAAUGCUUCCGUGAUCUCAAGAUCAAACGACACCAUUUGCUUGAUAAGAGUCUGAUUGACUAUCAGAUUGCCUGGACAUUAUUCCCUAGGGAUUCGACGAUCUACAGUUAUGGGAUGAACUCGGAGUUCAUCGCCAAGGUAGAUAACACCGAGUAUAGGCGCAAGGAUGGUGUUAAUGAGCUCGUCGUUAACUCUAAAGUUAUAUCUUUCAACGGAAAACGGUUCAUUUGGACAAAGAAGGAAUUGACUAUUGAGGCCUUCGUUGGCAAUAAGCCGAUCCGUGAACUUCGACAUUACCCUUUCGACAUGCAUCCAGACAAAGCCUCUAUCCAGGACCACCUACUAGCGCGAGGUAGAAAGGCUCUUGACUUGCAGGGGUUGUCAUACUGCUCCUACAGUGGAAUUUCACUUGAACGUGGAAUCAUGGGAUACACGAAGCACAAUGUGGAAGGCCGCAUCUUGGUGGAUGUUGCAGGGUACAACACAUACCAUCUAGCCCAAGGGAAGCGCGAGGACCAAGACCCCGACAUUGAAGCGGUACAUGAGCCGCAAACCAGCACCAGUCUAAGCCACGAUGUUAUCAAAGCAGAGGACAAAUGUUUCAAGAACCAGCAAAACAGGAUCUCUGAAGAGGAUCAAACUUUGAACAAGGAGAGACUUCUGGAAAAGCCAAACGACAUUGCUUUCAUAUCCGAGCUCAUUAGCGGAUAUGCGUUAAAGAACAAGAUCUGGACUCAGUUUUUCAUAGAAGACAUCGAGCCAAUUGUGUGGAACGAUAAGGCCUACGACCAUCUCGUCUUUGACCAUCAACAGAAGGAUCUUGUCCUAUCUUUCGUCGAGAAUCACAGUUUGGCCAAUGGUACAUCCACAGCUAUGGGGGAUGUCAUCGUCGGCAAGGGCCAAGGUCUCAUCAUGUUGCUGUCCGGCCCCCCUGGUACGGGUAAGACUCUCAUGGCUGAAGCCAUCGCAGACCGUGCCCGUCGUCCGCUGUUUUAUCUGCAAGCCGAGGAUUUGGGUAUUAGCGCUGACACUCUAGGCGCCAACCUCAAACGUGUUUUUGAGAUGGCGACCGAGUGGAAUGCUGUCGUCCUCCUUGAUGAGGCAGAUGUCUUUAUGGCGGAACGCAAUCCCAACGAUAUUCACCGCAACGAACUCGUCAGCAUUUUCCUCCGAGAGCUCGAGUAUUUCCGUGGCAUCAUCUUUUUGACAACCAACUUGUAUCAAACCAUUGAUACUGCGUUCCGCAGCCGAGUCAGCCUGCAUCUUCGCUUCGAGUCUCUCGACCGCAAGGCUCGCGAGGCCGUCUGGCGCAAGUUCCUUCAGCUUGUGCCGGAGAACGACCGAGUCACAGACGUUACCGACGAGUCUCCUGACACUGGAUCUACCACACCCAGAAAUAGCGACACGGAGGAAGGUGCCGAGAGAGGUAUUAGCACGAGCUACGAUGACAAGCCACUCGACGAUGAAGAUAUCGCCGAGCUUUCACUGUGGCAACUCAACGGACGUGAGAUCAAGACUGCUGUCAAGAUGGCACGCAGCUGGUGCGGAUACAAGGGGUAUGCCAUGACGCUCUCGCGAUUGGAGAAUUCUAUCAAGACGACAAGCCCACUUGCGAACAAAGACGGCGAUGUUGAUCAGUCCCUUUACGACUGA